UCAUUUAUUUCUACAUUUACGCGACAUACAUUUAUUUAUUUAUGUAUUUAUGUGUCCGUAUGCUAAUGAGGUGGGCGGUCCUAACCUCAGUCUGAAGCAGGAUUCGCCAAUUGUUGGAGCCAGGCAGAAGCAAUAGAUUCGUGGCAAGUCACAUCUGUACAUUCUGUGUACAUUGUCGGCAACUCGCUAAUAAUGGCUUCGGCUGGAAGGGCGCUGGCAGACCUUCUGCGGGAUGCGGCUAACCAGCUUGAAAACUUUUUGUACCCAAUGUGGCGCUAUGUUAUGUUUUGUGCAGCACCAAGGACCGCUAACGUGCCAGUUUCGUCUCCUCCUCCUCAUCCGUUACAUAACGGGACUCCCAGACACUCAGUGGACGCCGAAGUUUCAAGACUGUUUGGCCCCUACAUGGGAGGGAGGAGGACGGCAGGGCGGCAAACCCUUUCUGGUCCUGCACACCUGCAUUCUUAUACCCAUUUAUUCUGUUGCCUUGAGGACAAGAAUGCAGCCUUAGUCCCCAACCGAUACGCCAAAGAAAGACUCGCUGCUGCUGGCUUUGGUGAAAAACGGCUCACAUUUAAAGGCAGCCAUACAGAUUCAAAUGAAUUCCUCGAAUUCUUGAUGGAUGCCUAUCCAAAACUGCGGAACGGUGGCGGUUUCGAGUUGCUAAAAAUAUCUGGCACUACGAGAAGUCGCCACUUGAUUGUGAUCCCCUGUCCCAAUGAGGGUUACUAUGUCAGAUAUUUGAAGGACCCUCAGACCCAGAUUGGCCAUUCUACGGUUUUCAUUAGACCAAUGCAAAGAACCCUGAAUUUGGACCCUGCAUGUCGAUCAGAAGGCGACAACGUGUUAAUUGGACCAAAUCAGAAAUGUGUCAUCUGUGGAGAGGAGUUCCCCUUUUCCAGAAUCAAGGAUCACAGCAAUAACUGCACGAGACCAUCACAGAGCAGCGGUGAGGUACAGAUUGAGUUGACAACUGAAAGGGCCUCCGGAAGUCAAGUUAGAUUUGAAAGCACGUUCACAGGAGCACAGGGAAAUGAGACAACAAGGGCCAGGAACACAAGACACUUGGUGCCACCUCAGGAAAUGUUGCCUUCUCCUGAGGUAGUUGACAUCGAUCCCACUGAGGAAAGUGGCUUCUCUGAUUGGAGAAUAGCGCCAGAUCCCACAGAGGCAACAAAGAUGUUUAAAGAAGACAUUUUAAGCCAGCAUGCAACUGGAAAAUCCUUGUGUCUUACUAUGGAUCUUGGAGACAGUGCAGCGGAAAGGGAAAGAGCAGUCCUUACUUUUUAUAAGAAGGCAAAUGUUGAGUGGGCUUGCCCCUUGACAUGCACACUUAAGGGAGAUCCAGCCAUUGGUGAUGGUGUGACUCGGCAUUUCUUUGCAACCAUCAUGUCAAAACUUCAGGCUGGUUUUGAGAUGAAGUUUGUGCCUGGAGGAACUCUUCUUUUUGAAGGAGAACAAGAUCAUCUAAUUCCCUCCACUUCUCAUCUCCUUUUGGAGAGUGACUUCUUUGUUGUUGCUGGCCGAAUGAUUGGACAUUCAUUCCUCCAUGAUGGGCCAUGCCUAGGUGGACUGAGCCCAGCUGUCCUGCAUGUGCUCUUUGGUGGAUCCCCAGAAGAAGCCACAAUAGAUAUUAAGGACUGUGUUGACCUUGAUAUCCGUGAGACAAUCAAGUUGCUGGAGGGAACAGCAGAGUUAUCAUCAGAAGAAAAAAAGCUCAUCAAUGAGUUGGCACUGUCCUGGGAUUUGCCUCUAGUCACAUGUGACAACAGGAGAUGGCUAUUUGAUAAACUGAUCCUCCAUGCUGUCCUUGGAAGAACCUCCAGACAAGUCAAGCAGUUACGAAGGGGUUUAAAAGAGACACUGAUCUGGCCUCUGCUGACGGAGAGGAAAGACACGAUUCCCCUUCUCUUUCCAAGAGCAUCUGAUUUGCAGUGCACACCACGGAUGGUGUUGGAGAAGAUAAACUGGCCCACACAGGAUGAGGAUGAAGACAGUGAAGUCUCUUUGGAGGAUUCCUGUAGGCUCACAGGAUGGAAUGUGCUUCCUAGACAUGGCCUGGAUGUGACCGUGGUGGAGAGCAACUUCCCCAGCUCUUCCACAUGCUUUCACCAGCUGAAACUUCCAGGACAUUACAAAGAGUACUGUAUGUUUGAAAGGGACAUUCUUGCUGCUAUUUGGAGCACUGAAACUGGGUUCGGGAUGGUCUGAAGAGACAGACACACCUUAGUACUAGAUUUGUUGUCUUUUGUUUGGCCGGCCAAAAAUGUAUGUUUUCAGAGAGGAAAAAAAACUCAGUUAAUGCCUAUACUCCGGCCAGUUUGUGUA